AUGAGAUUCCUCGUCACCUUCCAAAUCGCCCAGCCCAUCAACCUCAUCGCUUGCCCGAUCGUGUGCUAUUUGUUGACCGAAAGCAUGCAUUUAUCGGCAAUUCUAUCCCUCGUCGUAAUCGGUAUCAUCAUGAAGAACUACAUGCCGGGCAACGUCUCCGAUCCGAUGGUGUUUACGGUGGAAUACCUCCUGAAGAUGGGCUCGUCUUAUUCCGAAUCCCUCGUUUUCGUAUUCCUUGGCGUCUCCGUCGUCUCCUCGAACCACCAGUUCGAUUUCUGGUUCGUCACCUGUACACUGACCGGAUGUUUAGUUUUCCGGUUUAUAGUCGUCUACUUCCUCAGCUUCAUGGCCAACAGGUACCGCGCGGAGACGGAGCGUAUCAGCAUCGUCGACCAGUUCGUGAUUGCUUAUGGAGGAAUUCGAGGAGCCGUCUGCUACGGUCUCGUCAUGGCCAUCGACGAGAACUUUUUCCCGGCUAAACAAAUGUUUGUCACGACAACACUGGUCGUCAUUUUCUUCACUACGAUUGUUCAGGGCUCCACCAUCAAGAAACUUGUCGAGUGGUUGAAGGUCAAGCGCAGCAAGAACUUUGGAAAAGAAUCCGAGAAGAAGCGGGUCAUCGACUACUUCUUCGGCGAGACCAACAAGCAUCUGAUGUUCUACAUUGAGGACUUGAUAGCGCACCAUGGACAGAAUUGGUUCUUCCGAAAAUUCCUUGAGAAAGACCGGAAAUGGAUCAAGCCGUUUUUGGUGGCAAACUACAAGCAUUUGGAUUGUCAAAUUGUUGUGCAGCACCAGCGGCUUGAACUUGACGAAUAUGCUUGUAAUAUCAGAGGCCAAGGCGGCUCCUUCGCGGGUCUACCCACCGUCUCCUCCCUCGCCGACAUGCAGCUCCACCCUGGCCUCCCCAAGUCAAAAUCCGAGGCCCUACUGGCACCUCGUAUCCUCGACCCGCCUGUGGACAUCACCUUCUCGCCGGAUCUUACGGAACGUUCCACGUUACUGCCGGUUCCACCUCCAAGCCAAAGAUCUAUCCCGAGAAACGAGAGCUUGUCCGGCUUCGUGCGCGAGGCCUUCGAGACUGCGGCGAUUCAACAAGGAAGGGGAUCGCUUCGAGACAAGCGGCGCUCCCUCUACAGUCGUCACUUGCUGGACCUGGACUUUGAUGAGGAGGAUCCACCAGCCCCGGAGGAGUACGACAACAACAUGACCUAUCCGUACAAUAAAUUCACCGGAGCUCGAACGGCCAAGCAGAUCAAGGCUUAUGGGAAGAGCUUGAGGGAACGAGGCCCAGUCUCUCCUCGAAUCUUCCAGAAGCGCAACGGAAACGAUCAACAAUCGAGUGCUAGGGAUACGUCACCACCGCAACCCGCCGGAAUCCUGGGGGCUAGGCACCGGUUAUCACUGCCCACUCCGGACGAGAUCAACCUCAAGCGGAAACCCCCGAAAAUCUCGUUCGCCAUGUACGACGAGACCAUACCGCCUAUUGACCAAACUGCCCCACCGACGGCUAGGCGAAACGAU